CCCCCGAGCACGAGCCCCCCGGGCUGUGCUGGUACCAGAGGCAGGGCAGACGGUGCCCCGCUCAGCGAGCUCUCCUGGUCGUCCUCGCUGGCUGUGGUGGUGGUGUCCUUCUCGGGCCUCUUCACUGUCAUCGCCCUCAUGCUCGCCUGCCUGUGCUGCAGGAAGGGCGGCAUCGGGUUCAAGGAGUUUGAGAAUGCCGAGGGGGAAGAGCACGCAGCCGACCUCUCGGCCCAGGGCUCCCCGGCAGCCGCUGCUCAGAACGGCCCCGACGUGUACGUCCUGCCGCUCACCGAGGUGUCCCUGCCCAUGGCCAAGCAGCCAGGCCGGUCAGUGCAGCUGCUCAAGUCGGCAGACCUGGGCCGGCACAGCCUCCUGUACCUGGAGGAGAUCGGCCACGGCUGGUUCGGGAAGGUGUUCCUGGGGGAGGUGAACUCAGGCAUCAGCAGCACCCAGGUGGUGGUGAAGGAGCUGAAGGCCAGUGCGGGUGUGCACGAGCAGAUGCAGUUCCUGGAGGAGGCGCAGCCCUACAGGGUUCUGCAGCACAGCAACCUGCUCCAGUGCCUGGCCCAGUGCGCCGAGGUGACCCCGUACCUGCUGGUGAUGGAGUUCUGCCCCAUGGGGGACCUCAAGGGCUACCUGAGGAGCUGCCGGGUGGCGGAGUCCAUGGCGCCUGACCCCCUGACCCUGCAGCGCAUGGCCUGCGAGGUGGCCUGCGGCGUUCUGCACCUGCAUCGGCAUGACUACGUGCACAGCGACCUGGCCCUGAGGAACUGCCUGCUCACGGCCGACCUGACGGUGAAGGUCGGGGACUACGGCCUGUCUCACGGCAAAUACAGGGAGGACUACUUCGUGACCGCGGACCAGCUGUGGGUGCCGCUGCGCUGGCUCGCGCCCGAGCUGGUGGACGAGGUGCACUGCAACUUGCUGGUGGCGGGCCAGACCAAGGCCGGCAACGUGUGGUCCCUGGGCGUGACCAUCUGGGAGCUCUUCGAGCUGGGUGCGCAGCCCUACCCCCACCACUCCGACCGGCAGGUGCUGGCCUACGCCGUCCGGGAGCAGCAGCUCAAGCUGCCCAAGCCCCAGCUGCAGCUGACCCUGGCCGACCGCUGGUACGAGGUGAUGCAGUUCUGCUGGCUGCAGCCGGAGCAGCGGCCCACCGCCGAGGAGGUGCACCUGCUGCUGUCCUACCUGUGCGUCCAGGGCGCCACGGAGGCGGAGGAGGAGUUCGAGCAGCGCUGGCGCUCCCUGAGGCCUGGUGGGGGUGGCGCGGGCCCCGGCCCGGGGGCAGCGGGCCUGGCACUGGGUGGCCCGGGCGAGCUUGCCGCCGCCUCGUCCUUCCCGCUGCUGGAGCAGUUUGCCGGCGACGGCUUCCACGCGGACGGCGACGACGUGCUGACGGUGACCGAGACGAGCCGCGGCCUCAACUUCGAGUACAAGUGGGAGGUGGGCCACGGCGCCGACGCCUUCACGCCGCCAGGGGGCGUGCCGAGCCCGGGCUGCCCCGCGCGUCUGCAGGAGCUCUGCGCCCCCGACGGCGCGCCCCCGGGCGUCGUGCCGGUGCUCAGCGCGCACAGCCCCUCCGUGGGUAGCGAGUACUUCAUCCGCCUGGAGGAGCCCACGCCCGCCGCCGGCCACGACCUCGACUGCGCUGGCUGCGCCCCGAGCCCUGGUGCCGCGGUCCCAGGCUCCAAGGGCGAUGAUCACGACGACUCAGACGUUGGAGCCGCAGCCUCGUUGGCUAUGGAGCCGCUGCUGGGCCAGGCGCCGUCCACGGGUGGCCCGUGGGGCCACUGCUACCACGACCCGUGCAGGAGCCGCCCCCAGGACCUGCUCUGCCCUUCCCACUCGCCCUCGCCCUCACCCUCGCCCAGCGGCCUGAUGCUGCUGGAGCCCGGAGUGGAGGAUGCUGACUGUGGUGUGGCCACUUUCUGCCCGCCCUUCUUUGAGGACCCGCUGGGAAUGUCCCCUUCUGGAACUUCAGGGGCCCGACUGUCCCCGGGCAGGGAGGAGCUGGGGGAGGCCGAGGCGCGCAGGGCCCCCCAGCACAGACAUUGGAGCUCCAAUGUGUCAGCCAACAACAACAGUGGCAGCCGAGCACCGGAAUCCUGGGACCCAGGCUACACAGGCGGCCACACGGACGACGGCCACACGGACUGCUGCCCUGGCAGGAAGCAGACCCUAUGGACUGUCCCUGAGCUGGGCCACCCCCUGGCCCCAGAAGACCCCAGAGAACCUCUCCAUGGGCCAGAGGGGGCCUCCUUUGGCCAGGAGCUGGGCUGCUGCCUUGACCUCCCCCAGCUGUGUCCUGCUGAGGGCUUGGCACCUGUCACCAGGCUAGUCACAUCCCCCUGGACAGAGGCAGCCAUGAAUGGGGGCAACAGCCCCCAGACAGAGCCCAGGUUUGCCGAGGAGGCUGAGGACUCUGCUGGACCCCAUCUGCCCCUUCCGUCCAUCCCAAGCCCGUCCCAAGAGGGAGCCCUGCUUCCCACGGAGGAGGCCUGUGCUCCUGCUGCCUCACCCAUGCCUGCCUCACCCACGCCUGCCAGCAGCCAGGCAGCUGCCACCGAGCCGGUCCAAAUGUCGGACAGCGGCAGCAGCUCCCCGGAGCUGGAGGUGCCAGGCAGUGAGGACGAGGACACCACCGAGGCCACUUCCGGUGUUUUCACGGACUUGUCCAGUGAAGGCCUGCAGGCGGAGAAACUGGACGUGAUGCCGGCCUUCCGCUCCCUGCAGAAGCAAGUGGGAACCCCCGACUCCCUGGACUCGCUGGACAUCCCGUCCUCGGCCAGCGAUGGUGGCUGUGAGGUCUUCAGCCCAUCAGCUGUUGGCACCUCUGGAGGGCAGCCCCGAGCCCUGGACAGCGGCUAUGACACAGAGAACUACGAAUCCCCCGAGUUUGUGAUCAAGGAGGCGCACGAGCCAUGUGAGCCUGAGGCUUUUGGGGAGCUCGCCUCAGAGGGUGAGCGCCCUGGGGCAGAGACUCAGCUCCCGGCCUCCCUCAGCGGCCUCAGCGAGAAGAACCCCUACCGCGACUCAGCCUACUUCUCAGACCUGGAUACCGAGCCCGAGCCCCCCUUGGGCCCCGAGAAGAGAGGGGGUGUCCUGGGCCCUGGGCCAGAGCCGGAUCUGGAGAGUCCACGGAGCCCACAGAGCCCGGGGCUGCGGCCUGCACAGCCUACUUCUGAGUCUGGGGUGCCUGGGGCGGCACAGAGCCCUGGCCCCAGGGAGGUGACCCCACCGCCACCGGGUGAGGACUCUUCCCCUGGGCCAAGCGCCUGCCUCACUGGCCCCAGGUGGGAGCCUCCCGGGGCCCAAAGCCCAGCCCAGGUGCCGCCAGUGCCCAGCCCGGGGCGGGCCAAGAUUUUCCUGCUGACCCCAGUGCCGCAGGACUCAGAGAGCCACCGCCCCGAGCUCCAGGAGGCCCGGGGGCUGCUGUCGACCCUGCAAGAACGGACAGGGGGCCAGGGCGCCCCCAGAGCCCCCCUCUGCCUGUCUCUGCCCGGACUCCCCGCAGCCCCGGAGGGCCGGCCAGAGGAGGAGGAGGAGGACAGCGAAGACAGCGACGAGUCGGACGAGGAGCUCCGCUGCUACAGCGUCCAGGAGCCGAGCGAGGAGAGCGAGGAGGAGGCGCCGCCGGUGCCCGUGGUGGUGGCCGAGAGCCAGAGCGCGCGCAGCCUGCGGAGCCUGCUCAAGAUGCCCAGCCUGCUGUCCGAGGCCUUCCGCGAGGACCUGGAGCGCAAGAAGAAAGCCGUGUCCUUCUUCGACGACGUCACCGUCUACCUCUUCGACCAGGAGAGCCCCACCCGGGAGCUCGGGGAACCCUUCCCGGGGGCCAAGGAGCCGCCCCCCGCGUUCCUGCCGGGCAGCCCCAGCUCCCCCAGCGCCCCCUGCCGGCUGCGACGGGCGGAAGGCGCCUCCGAUGGCUCGACGGUCGAAGAGGGCGGAGGGUUCCAGUGGGGCGACGGCUUCCCGCUGACGCCGGCCGGGGAGCCCGCCCUGGCCGCCCCCGCCGCGCCCCCCAAGCCGGCCGCGCCGGGCCCCUUCUCGCGCUUCACCGUCUCGCCCGCGCCCGCGUCCCGCUUCUCCAUCACGCACGUCUCCGACUCGGACGCCGGCUCCGUGGGAGGCCCUGCAGGAAGUGCGGGGGUCAGCUGUAAAGAAGCGUGAGGUCCAGCCCCUCGAAGCCGCCGCUGGGCCUGGUCCAGGCGGCGAGGAUGGUGACCCAGAGUGAGAGGGGACUGCGUGGUGACGAGUCCUGGCAGUGGUGGGCAGCAGCUUCCAGCACCUCAGUGCCCGUGCAGCCGGCACCCUGGACAGUGGAGCGGCCGGGCACGCCAGCCGGUGCUGCCCCAGGGCCGGACUCCUCCGGGACAGCCCGGCCCGGCUGGUCCCACCCUACAGCUGCCCUGUCUGCCCUGGCCUCCACGUCGGACUGAGUCUAGGGGGUGCCCGUGGUGGGGCCCUCGCACACCCGCCUCGCCGCCCCUGUGGCGCGCUGCAGGAUGCUGUCCCCCACGCGGCUGAGCCCUGGCACAGGCCCGCUGGGACAGCCUCUCCCUGUCC